AUGGCGGAGUUACCUGGCUUCACAUUUACCUGGUUACUGAAUUUCCCGUUCUGUGCCUGGUCAAAAUGGUCUUAUAUAGGUCCUGAUGGGGAAAAGGCCUGGCCAAAGAAAUACCCCUUUUGUGGAGGAGUAUUCCAAUCACCAAUAGAUUUCCACAAGGAUAUUCUCCAGUAUGAUUCUAGUCUCUUGCCUUUAGAAUUCAUAGGCUAUGAUGUGCCGUCCACUGAGCAGUUUACACUGACCAAUAAUGGUCAUUCAGUGAAAAUGUAUCUGUCACCUACUAUGUACAUCAGAAACCUCCCGUUUGAAUACACUGCAUCUCAGCUUCACCUACACUGGGGAAACAGAAACAAGUCAGAAGGCUCAGAGCACACAGUCAGUGGGAAGCACUUUGCUGCAGAGCUGCAUAUCGUACACUAUAACUCUGAGAAAUAUCCAGAUGUAACAGCAGCAAUGGACAAAGCAGAUGGACUGGCCGUUCUGGCUGUUCUUCUCGAGAUUGGACCCUUCAACCCAUCCUAUGACAAGAUCUUCAGGCACUUCCGGAAUGUGAAAUACAAGGAUCAGAUGGUCCAAGUCCCUGGUUUCAACAUUCGAGAACUGCUGCCUGGCAGACUGGAUGAGUACUAUCGCUACGAAGGAUCCCUGACCACUCCUCCUUGCUACCCUAGUGUUCUCUGGACAGUCUUCCGACACCCCGUUAAAAUUUCACAAGAACAGUUACUGGCACUGGAAACAGCCAUGUACUGCACAGAAAGUGAUGACCCAGAACCCCUGGAAAUGGUGGAUAACUUUCGAAACAUUCAAGAGUUUCAUGAAAGACUGGUUUUUAUCUCCUUCCGUGAAGGUUUUGUUGUUUCUGUUGUCAUAGUCUGCAUUCUGGGAGUUCUCAUCAUUCUUGCUCUAGCCUUCUGCCUACUGAAAAGCUGCAAAAAGGGAGGCAAAGACAACAGAGGAGUCAUCUACAAACCAGGCACAUACAAGGAGGAGGAGGAAGACAUCUCCAAACUUUGAUACCCUGCUCUACCACAAAAGCACCUUCUCAUUGAUAGCACUGAUUUAUUUUGCAUUGGUGGAACACAUCUCUUGCUCUUGGCUAAUUAUAAGCCUCAAGAGUGUCCUAAAAAAACCCAACAAAACAGCCAAAAGUUUUCUGUAGCCCUGUUCUCUUGUUUUCCAGGGCAAUACAAUCUGAAUACUCCUGAACUGAAAUCCUCACCACAUUCUUUUUGUGUUUGCUGCUUACUGAGUUUAGGUCUUUUAAUUGAUUUUACAGUUAAUCCUAAAUUCCAAUUUUAUGGUUUGUUUAGCACAGAUUUUCCCAUAGGUAUUCAAAUCUGAAGACACUCAUCAAACUACAUGCACCCUUACCUGCUAAAUCAAGGUGCUGGUUUUAGCAUCAUUAAUAUAAACAAGACAAAAAGGCAACGUGUAUUUGAGAUCAGAAUUUCAACUAGGCUGUUUAGUGGAUAUAGUUUAUAAAACCACAGCAAAAUGAUGCUAGGACAUUCACCAGUGGCUUUGUAAGAGAAAUACCAGAGGAAAAGACAAGUGCAAAUGCUAUGAGAAUGUAUUGUUAAUGGGAUUCAAACCCAGGAACUCAGUGCUGAAAAAACUCUACUGCUAGAGGAACAGCUCACUUUCCAGUUAUUACACAGCCUCACAAAUCUGUUAUGGAGGUCAGCCUCUGUCUGUCACUGGCAUGAGAGAAGCACCUUGUCUUAUUAUACUGCUCUUAUUUAUAGUGUGUGUAUGAAUGAUGUGCAAAUACUGCUGUUGCUGCUACUUUUAAGCAGACUUGCCAUUUAAUAAUGAAAUCUUGAUUAAUUAUUCAGUAAUUUUACAGAUUAAUUUUAUAACUGCAAUUAUACAGUAGAUGGUUUUGCUGAUUUACUUCUCUGAAUUUAGUAAUUUAUUAGAAAGUAAUAAAAAUUAUUUUUUCAAAUCUCAAAA